AAAGCAUUAAUCAAAAUGAACUGGUGGAAACUGAGACCAAAGAGUGAAAAGAUGAGCCUCACGCUGACUGCUGAGAACCACUCCAUUCCAUUAAGUGAUGGCAACAGGAUACCCAUCAUAGGACUCGGGACCUAUGGAGAUCAGCGAACAACUUCUGAAGGUACAGCACGAGAGUGUGUGAAGCUGGCUAUAGAUGUUGGCUACAGGCAUUUUGAUGGAUCGUUGGUUUAUUUUAAUGAGCAUGAAGUUGGGCAGGCCAUUCGGGAGAAGAUUUCAGAUGGAACUGUUAGAAGAGAGGACAUCUUUUAUUGUGGAAAGCUGUGGAGCACCUUCCACCCUCCUGAGCUGGUUCGACCUGCACUAGAGAGAACACUGAAGACUUUACAGCUGGAUUAUGUUGAUCUGUACCUUAUUGAGCUUCCCAUGGCCCUUAAGCCAGGUGAUGAAUUCUACCCUAAAGAUAAAAAUGGGAAAUACAUCUACCAUGAGACAGACCUGUGUGCUACAUGGGAGGCAUUAGAGGCUUGCAAAGAUGCAGGCCUGACAAAGUCACUUGGGGUUUCAAACUUCAACCGAAGACAGCUGGAGCUGAUUUUGAACAAACCUGGACUCAAACAUAGACCUGUUUCCAACCAAGUUGAGUGCCAUCCCUACUUUACUCAGCCCAAGCUUCUGGAGUUUUGUCAGCAAAAUGACAUUGUCAUUGUGGGCUACAGCCCUCUUGGAACCUCUCGAGAUGCUUCCUGGGUUAACUUGAAAUGCCCCCCACUGCUGGAAGAUGAGGUGUUAGUCUCCAUUGGGAAGAAGUACAACAAGAGUCCUGCUCAGGUAGCCCUGAGGUUCAAUGCUCAGAGAGGAGUGGUUGUCAUCCCGAAGAGCUUCAACCCUCAACGGAUCACAAACAAUUUCCAGAUAUUUGAUUUUUCUCUCACUGAUGAUGAAAUGAAGCUCAUUGAAGGACUGAAUAAAAAUAUUCGCUUUGUGGAGCCCCAAACGUGGAGUGACCAUCCCGAGUACCCAUUCCAUGAUGAUUAUUAAGCCUUUAUAAGACGACCAACUUAUUUGAUGUCAGCAUAAAGGUUUAUGAUGUUCAUACUGUUCCGUUAAAAUGUGAUUAGUCAAUAGGGGGCAUCAUCUUACCAUUUAUAGUGUGAUAUAAGAUGAUGUUGUAACAAGUUGCCUUUUUUGUACGAAUGUAAAAUCACUGGAGUAGAACAAACUCAUUGGCAUAAAGAACCAGAAGACAAAUAAAAAGUUCUGAAAGUCUCAUAUUCAGCUCCUUUACAUUUUUAACUUCAUUAACAUUUGCUGUGUCUUUAAUGUACUUUUUGUACAGUAUUCUGUAUAUUUUAGAGACUGUAUGUUUUCAGUGAUUUCCUCUCCAUGAACUCUCUGCCCUUUAAUAUUUAAAGGUGUUAUUCUGUUACAAAACAGUCAGUCUACAUGAACUUAUCUGUCUUCCUUGUUUUUUUGUUACUGAAGCUGUGAACUAAACUGGAGUACAGCAGGAAAACUGGACACAUCAAAUGGUGUCAGUCAUUUUGAUACUUAAUACAAAGUUUAAUCCACAUCUACUUCAGCCUAGAGUAGCUGUACAGUGUAUGGUGUUUCAUCUCUUACAGGCAGGGGGUAAAAUCUUUGUGAUGCGAGGCAACUAAACGUGAGCAGCAGCUUGAAAAGGUGUAUGACUGUCUUAGCUACACGUGCUGUAGAUGAAGCAUGUGUUAACUGUUCUAGUAUAAUAGCUGUUGCGCAAUAAGGGAGACCUAGACAGUGAGUGGAAUUUACAAAUGCAGGGGAGAGUCUAAGGCCCAAUCCCAUUUCUUAUUUUUACCCCUACCCCUUGUUUUUGAGUGUCACCUUGCCCCUUGGAACCUGGUUAAAAAGAGGUGAAAUGUUAUUUGGUCUUAGUAUUCUAAAAAAGGGAAAAAAGGGACACAUUCAAUAUUAUUAUUCUUAUUAUUAUUAAGAUUAUGACCUGAGAUACUAAAAGCAGUGCAUUUGCCUGACUGUUGCUAUAUAUUGUGUUGCCAGAGCAGUAUGUAAUAUGCGUAUUUCUUAGCAGGUUGGGUAGGUUCUCUUUUCUGGGAGUGUGAGUUUCUGUUACCCAAGUUUGUGUUCUGAAUAAUAACCUUAGGCGGGACUCUAUGGCAGAACAUGGACAAGCUAUAGGUUCAUAGUGCAUAUUUCCCUCUUGAAAAUAAGAGCAAUUUUCCUCUCUUGUACACUGGCUGAGUCAAAAUAAAGCUGCAUUAUGGGCACGAAUUCUGAGUUGUUUAUGCUUCUUCU